GUUUUAAAAGCAUUUGAUUCCUUCCCUUCUUGGAAAGAGCAGCAACAGAUGUACAAGCUGGACAUAGGCUGGCCUAAAAUUCCAGAAUACUUCACUGGCCAAACAUUUUGUGUUGCUGUUGAUUCUCUUCAUGGUUUGGUCUAUGUGGGACAAAGGGGAGAAAAUGUGCCAAAGGUACUUGUGUUCUCAGAGGAAGGCUAUUUUCUUUACUCCUGGAAUAAUACAGUUGAAAUGCCUCAUGGUAUCUUUGUAGUGAACACCGCAACAGAUAGCUCCGUGUGGCUCACAGAUGUUGGAACAG